AAAAGGGUAGAGAUCUGGUUGUCUUAAUAUCAUUGAUCUUCUGUUUUCCAAUUGCCUAAUUCUGUAGCUGUAAUACAUGCAUUAGAUUAAAAGUUAUCACAAAAUAUCAGUGGGUUCCACAAGUGCAUGAAGUGUCAUAGGAUUUCACUGCUAUCUAUACUAUACAUACAUAUCAAUCAACUAAGAAUUGUAGGAUUAUAGAAACAAAAAUUUUCACAUUGAGAGCGUAUUGCAUUGAAAAGUGAUGGAGAAGGUUAGUGGAGAAAACCCCACAAAGAUUAACAAAUAUGCUUGUGCUUGUGCCAUUGUUGCAUCCAUGAUAUCUAUCAUCUUUGGCUAUGAUACUGGUGUGAUGAGUGGAGCAAUGAUCUUUGUCAAAAAAGAAUUCAAAAUCAAUGAUGCAAAAACAGAAGUACUAGCAGGGAUCCUAAAUCUAUGUGCUUUAGUUGGCUCACUUUGUGCUGGAAGAACCUCUGAUUAUAUUGGCCGACGUUACACCAUAGUGGUAGCUUCCUUAAUUUUCUUGUGUGGAUCCGUUAUAAUGGGAUACGGACCAAGUUACCCGAUUUUAUUAUUAGGCCGAUGUGUUGCUGGAGUUGGUGUAGGUUUCGCGCUUAUGAUUGCACCGGUUUAUUCAGCAGAAGUUUCAUCUCCAUCAUCGCGUGGAUUCCUAACGUCACUGCCAGAAAUUGGAAUUAGCACUGGGAUCUUACUUGGUUAUUUGUCUAAUUAUAUUUUUUCAGGAUUGCCUCUGAGACUUGGCUGGAGAAUAAUGUUAGGAAUUGCAGCAAUUCCUUCACUUUUCUUGGCAAUUGGCAUUUUAAAAAUGCCCGAGUCCCCUAGAUGGCUCAUCAUGAAAGGCCGUCUAGGAGAAGCCAAGAAAAUAAUGUAUAAAGUUUCUAACGACCCUCAAGAAGCUGAAUUCCGAUUGAGGGCGGUUAAACAAGCUGUAGGUAUCGAUGAAAAUUGUGAUGAUGACAUUGUAGAGAUUCCGGAUUCAGCAAAGUCACAAGGCGAAGAUAUUUGGAAAGAAUUGCUGCUAAAACCAACCCCAUCACUUAGAUGGAUUUUAAUUGCUGGUGUGGGGAUUCAUUUCUUUGAACAUGCAACUGGUAUUGAAGCUGUGAUAUUGUACAGUCAUAAAAUCUUUGACAAAGCAGGGGUUCAUGACCAUAAGCACCAAAUUCUUGCAACAGUUGGUGUUGGAUUAACUAAGUUUACUUUUAUAGUGGUGUCCACUUUCUUGAUUGACAAAGUUGGUAGGAGAAAAUUGUUGUUGACAAGUGUAAGUGGCAUGGUGGUGACAUUAACUGGACUUGGGAUUUUCUUGACUGUAGCAGAGAACUCUGGUGGCAAACUUAUUUGGGCUUUGGUGCUUAGCAUAAUUACAACUUAUGCAUUUGUGAUGUUUUUCAACAUUGGGCUUGGCCCUGUUACUUGGGUAUAUAGUGCUGAGAUUUUCCCUCUUAAGUUCAGAGCUUUGGGAGCUGGAAUUGGUGUUGCAGUUAACAGGUUGAUGAAUGCUACAGUUUCUAUGAGUUUUUUGUCAAUUUCUACAGCAAUUACAACAGGAGGUGCAUUCUUCUUGUUUGCUGGGAUAUCAGUGGUGGCUUUGACAUUUUUUUACUUUUUCUUGCCUGAGACUAAAGGAAAGUCUUUGGAAGAAAUGGAAGCUGUUUUCACUAGAGGCAGACGUUCUGAGAAUGUUAACAAAGAGGUGGAGAUUGGAAAAUGUUAGUGGCUUCAAUUAUUUAUUAUGCUUUAAAUUUUUGUAUGGCUAUCCCAAGGCAUAGCCAGUUUUAAGAUUGGACGAAGGAGGAGGGUUGCCUUAGGUUGACGACUAGUGUAGAAAUAGUUAUGUUUUUAUUUACUAGUGGACAUAUUUCAAGGGAAGAAUUUUCCGACUUCGCUCCUAUAUAUGUCAAAAUAUUGGAAAUAAAAUUCUCUUUCACUAUAAAGGAAAAGUAAU